GAUGAGAUCUGAGUUUCUGGUUUGAUUCAACAUUUAUAGAUCUCCUCCUCUUAUCUGAAACACGAAUCAAGAGAGUGGCUUCAAUGAUUGCUCCGACGGUAGGGAAGACCCUACUUGCCUCAGCCGUUAUUUUCAUCUCUGUUGUUCUCGCCCUCAUUCUAUUCUCGCCUUCCUUCCGAUUUACUCAAACGCUCUCCGUUUCUCCGCCGUCGGAACGAGCUGAGAUUUGGAGCUUGAGGAGAUUAAUCGAAUGGCAGCCUUGCAAUUGGUGGCUUCAAGGCCAUCUCGUAGCUCUGCCAGAAAAGAGCAAUGGGUAUAUUCGAGUUGAUUGCUAUGGUGGUCUCAAUCAGAUGAGGAGGGAUUUCUGUGAUGGUGUCGGUAUUGCUCGCUUGCUGAAUGCUACUCUCGUUUUACCAAAAUUUGAGGUUGCUGCAUAUUGGAAUGAAUCUAGUGGAUUUGGAGAUGUAUUUGAUGUGGAGUACUUCAUUGAAAAAAUGAAUGGAUAUGUUCAGGUAGUCAAAGAAGUGCCUGCAGAAUUUGUAUCAAAAGAGCCUUUUAGAGUUGAUUGUAGCAAGCGUAAAGGACAAUUUGAUUAUGUAGAGACUGUACUUCCACAGCUGUUAGAGCACCGCUACAUCUCAAUUACUCCUGCAAUGAGCCAAAGAAGGGACAGGUAUCCAUUGUAUGCUAAAGCUUCUCUUUGUCAGGCUUGCUAUACCGCUCUGCAGCUAAACGAAAAAUUGGAGAAGAAAGGUUCCAAGCUUCUAGAAGCUAUACCAAAACCCUUCCUUGUGCUUCACCUGCGUUUUGAACCAGACAUGGUAGCUUAUAGCCAAUGUGAGUACUCCAGCCUUUCUCCUGCAUCUGUCCAAGCAAUUGAGGCUGCACGAGGCGACAGGAAGCCCUGGACUGGAGAACAAGCUCGUCUAUGGAGAAGCAGGGGGAAGUGUCCGCUCACACCAAACGAAACUACAACAAUCCUUCAAGCUCUUGCUAUACCAACAGAUACAAAUAUAUACUUGGCAGCUGGGGAUGGUAUCAUGGAACUUGAAGGCCUAACAUCGGUAUAUGCAAAUGUUUAUACCAAAUCCACCCUUUUAGACAGCGACGACUUCAGAAACAUGCAUGGGAACACCAAAGCUGCAUUGGAUUACUACGUGUCUAUAAACAGUGAUGCAUAUGUUGCAACAUAUUUCGGCAAUAUGGAUAAAAUGGUUGCAGCUAUGCGUGCUUAUAAGGGAUUACACAGAACGCUUUUCUUGAGCCGGAGGGCGUUUGCAGAUCUUACUUCACAGGGGCUCGAGGGGAACUCGUUAAUGGAAGCUCUGUGGAAGGUUCAUAGAAAUGAUUAUGUGAUGGGCGUAGGUUCUGCUUUGCCUGAUUGCUUCUGCGAGUUCAAAUUAUGACAUCAUGAGGUACAGAUUUUGCCCUUUUCUUUUCAGCAUAGUUGAAGUAUUUGUAGCCACAUUUGUUGUAUUAAUCUGUUAUAAGUUUAGUAUUUGUAUCAAUGUCUUUCUCAAGUGAAUUGUACGAAUUUUGCCCAGAGAUUAUAAGACAAUCAUAGUCCAUUUUACUCUCUAAA